UCAGUAUACAAGUGGGAUUUCGAUGUUAAUUUCCGGGAAAUGACCUCAGUCACCUCAUAAUUUUACGCGUGCCAUAUCAACGUGUGUAGCAGUGCGUUUUGUUGUUGUAAUUUAUCAAACUACUGGUGAAAAUUAAAAAAAGUUCAAUAAUCAUUAAAAAGUAUCAUUACUUUUAUGUAAAAAUAAAAAACAAAAUGAAAAUUGAUCGUGAGACCGGAGAACUGCUCAGCGAGAGUGAUGAGGAACAGAUGACAUUUAAUUACAAUGACGUGAGUAGCGAAACUGGUGAACCUGAGAUUGAUAUUCAUGUCCACGAACAUGAGCCACGGGGACGUGUACCAUUUCAAAUACCUAGAGAGAUAAGAGAGGAAUUGUUAUCAAAGCAAGAAAAAAAUUUAAGUGAUAGACGUCUGAAAGAUUUACUGCCGCCAUGUGAAGGCACUUCGUUUGCUGAAAUAAAUCCAGUAUUUUUAUUUCUACCAGCGAUUAUUUAUUUCAAAUGGUUCGCGAUCAUGCUGAUGAUUUUCGAAGUUAUUUUUCAUGGGUGGUCUCAUCAUAAAAAUAAAAGUCUCAAUGAUGUUUACUAUCGCUCUCCUCUUCACGGGAUUACCUCCGAGUAUUGCGCAGUUUGUCAGUCGGAAACUCGUAUGAGUCGUAUUGGUAAAAUGCAACAGAUUCGUUUGCAUAAAUUUUUGCAGCAGUGCAAUUACAUGAAACGAGCUGUAACUUAAUUAUAAAUUGACAAAAAAGUGAUAGUUAAAAUAUUUAAAAUUUUAUUUUAAUAAAAUUUAUAUUAAUCAUUUACAUAUGUAUAUAAAUUUAUAAUUGUUACUAAUUUUUAUUAAAUAAAUUAAAAACUUAUA